GACUUUGUGGUCUAAAGAGAGAGCGAGAGAACGUCGGAGAGAGAGAGAGAGAGAAAGAGGCGCUGCUGCUUCUUUUUCUGCUUCUUCUGUGUCUUAAGUUGGUGUUCAUCUCGGGGAACAAACAGCCAGGAGUUCAAAUGGGCUGAAGCAAGCACUUUGGCUUCACUUUACAACAGCUCCAUGUGUCAGGAUGAACAGCAACAGCAAAUCAGUGAACUCCACUGCAAUAAAAGCGGAGAUCAAGAGGCAUGAAUCUCUCCAGAGUGCAAUCAAUAGACUUUCCAAGCAGUUUGAAAGAGUCGUGGAUCAGCAGCUGCGCUCAGGCCUGAAAGUUUACCUCCACAGCAUUCAAGGUAAGUUCAUCAGCUGCUCUUUCUCUUUGGUGAAUUAAGGUGAAAAACAUCAUGUCAAGUGCGUGCUGCACCUCUGAGAGACAGGUUCAUUCAAAUUAGGUGCAUGGUGGUGACUUUAGGAUGCUUAUUUUUCAUGUGAACCUCUGCACACUCUCAGACUGAUUCACAGUCCGUCUCUUUGUCUUUGGGUGUUGAGGGAACGUGACGAUGUAGGUGAUUGAUAUCUUCCUCUUUACUUCCUGUCUCUUGUGGUGUUUUUUUCUGUGGAAAUAGUCCCUCCCUGUCUUUUUCUCAGUGUUUGCUUCCUGUCUCAUUUCACUCUGAAGCCAAAAAUCACCUCCUGGCUGCUCUUUUAAUACACUGGCAUUUAUUUAUCAGUCAGCCUCUGGACCUCGGCGACCAAUGGCAACAUCCCUCAGCAGCCAUCGCCAUGGCAGCAGGAUGAAACCUGCUGUGCGGCCUACUUCCUGUCUGCCAAUCUGCAACUGCCCUCAAAGCCACUUCCUUUCAGACAAACACAGCCUUUACAUGUGAAGCCGAUCACUUUUUACAUCAUUUCCUCUUAUCUUCACUUCCCACCUUUUCUCAUUAAAGUGACACAAUGAGUUACUGUUAAACUCCCCCUGCUUUACCCCCUUAUCUUCAACUUUCAGCGUCACAGAGGAAAGGUGAGAAACAUCAGCACUCUUUUCUUUAGAGGCUGUAGUAACACGUUAGUGCAGAGCAAAAAAAAAACACUGAGGAAGUCUCACAAAAUACCACUUGAGAAAAGAAAACAGCAAAAUGUACCUAAAAAACUCCCUGCUCCUCUUUUAGGAGGUUAACAUGCAGCUGACAAGAACCUGACGCUUUAAAUUUCUGUUUUUUUUUACACUCAGGAACAAAGAGUUCCCCUCAAAAAGUACUCUGUAUGCACUGACUCGACCUGUUUUACGAAGUUGAUACCAGGGACUCUAUUUUCACCUCAAUUUGAGUGAACCUUUCUGGUUUAAAAGCUGCAAAAAGUAAAGUGAGAAGGAAAAAUGCAUUCUGGAGCACAAGGUCAGUUUAGAGAUUUUAAUACAGUGCAAACAUGAGGAGUGUGCAGGGGUUCAGGGGCUACACAUUGGGAACAAAUAAAGUUCUUUUCUUAUCUUAUCCAAGCUUAUUCUAUUUGAGUUGAAGACUAGAGGUGUUGUGCAGCAGUUGACCAUGUUUCGAUUACUGCAUGGAAGAAAAGAGAGGGUGGACAAUGUGGCCAAAAGAGAAGACUGGGCCCUAAGCUUUUUGGUGCCCUGGGCGAAAUUACUCAACGCCUCCCCAGGACAUGUCAGAGUGAAAGAGGACUUCUGUUCACCGGACAUCAGCGUGUUAAGCUAAAACGUGUUCUUUACAGAAAAUGAUAUUUUAUAAAACAGGCCAAUCGCAAGGCUCGCAGUCCAGGUAGUUUCAACACCUGUUUACAGUUUUGAGGAGGUGUGCAUCAGCCACAGAGAGCACAGGGUUAUGCAGAUUUAUGGCGUAGGCUACAGCGUAGGUCCUGAUAGAUCAUAAACCAUGUUAUAUAGAAAUGCCUCUUUCGGGGCUGCUUAGCAAAAGAAGAUUAUCAGAAUCAAGAUUGAUUACCUCCUUUAACUGCAUUUCAGUGCCAGUGAGUGGGUGGAAUUUUCUAUUAAUCCAUAUCAGACUUUACAUGUUCAAAAAGAUCAAAUUUUAACAUCUGUCUGUCUAGCGCUUUGGGCAUUUAAACUUGUAAACAGUUUUUUCUUUAGUUUCAUGAAUACCAAGAAGUAUUCAGGUUGUUUCAAAUAAAAGCAGGAAAACCUAAAUUCAGCAAACCAACAGCACAUUAGUCCAACUGAUAUUGCAAGACUUUCUAAAAAUUUAACUGUCGUGAAUUUACACGUAAAUCUGUCUCCGAUUGUCCUUAGUUUUCUGUGCAUGCUCCACUGACUUUGACCCAGAAACUGAACAGCACCUACGUGUAACAGGAAACACGGUAGUGAACAAACCUUGAGAGAGGAAGGGAUGUUAAAAAAAAAAAAAAAGAUGAAGUUGAUUUUCAAAUGUAUGAAAGGUGCAAAGCUACUGGAGAUCUCAACUUUCAGCAUGACUUGUGACGUGAUCAUGUAGGUCAAGUGGGGGACAGCCCAGUCGUAACAAACUGAAAGGAGAAAUAAUCACCUACCAAAGCGGAGGCUGAUGUUAUAGAGCUUUAGCCGUAUAAUUAUGUGUCCUUUCAUUACAUGUAAAAUACAAUAAGAGGAAGUCAGGAACAUUUCUAAGAGUGAAUUAAAUACUCCUGUAAAGUACACUCAGUAGCUUCUCAGUACAUGUGUAAAUGUGUUUUAAGGUCAAAUGUGGCAGAAAAGCUCCUCAAAUUUAAUGAGCUACCUUCUGAUGAAUUUGAUCACACAUCCCUUCAUUAGCCUCCCUCCUCUGUUUGUCUGUGAGCUGAAUGUCAGUCAGGUCCCUGGUGGUUUUUGGGGAGCUUUGAGGUCUUCUUCGGAGCUGGCUCAUUUUAAAACACUCUUAAGAGACACCCCCUGAGUGUGAAAACAUUCAUUUAAUUUUUUUGAUAUAAUUAGGCUGUUGAGUGUCUGAGCCACAGCGAGGAUCAAAGUCUGAGUAUCCUCCAUGGGGACCUGGAUCUGUGAGAGUGGAGUUCACUGAUGCUAAAAAGAGAGUCACCUCUCCUGUGGACCUCGUAAGCGAGUGGGAUGUGGCCGGCUGGUGCUGUGUGCCGAACAAAGGCGAGAAAGAAAGACACGGAGGGAAAAAGAGUGAGGUGGGCGCUAAAUGAAGACAUUUAAAUAUGAUUCUGACUGCUGCUCGCUGCAGCAUGGCGGGGAAGAGGACAGCUCACAGUGAAGGAGAAAUGAAAAAUCACCCAGCAUGACCACUGCCCUUGGCCGCCGUCCAUCUGACAGCAGCCGCUCACGGGUGUCAGUAGUGUGUGGGAAGAGCUUUGUCUGUUUGCAUGCAUUUAAGUGUCUUUGCAUAGAAAAGAAGAGUCUGCCUGCGUGUCUGUUGUUGUACGUGGGCGUCUAUUUUAAAUAAUUAGAUUCACUGUGGAACCAUUACUGUAUAGUUAAUGGACACAGCCGGGCUGACAUCAAUCAUUGGUUAGUCGGCUGCCUUUUGAAGCCUCAAGCACGAAAUAUAUCAUUUCUUUGAGCCAGACGUGAUGGUAUUUGAAUGAGAGGGCAAUUCAGUAGGGGAGCGAGGGGUUGGAGUGUAAUUCAUUAUCCAUCAAAUGAGCUGGUUACCUACUACGUUUCAACAGAACGUGAUUCUGUUAGUCGGGGUGGUUCAUUGGAGAUCUUUAUUUACCAGAAUGAUGAUAACAAAGUCAGCGGACGGAGGCAGCUCAGUGACCUGCAUCUGUAAUGAUAGAGGUACAUGUGGAGAUUUUAAAGCUCCUGUGAGGAGGGUUUGACAUGCUGAAAUAAACAUUAACGCAGCUCCAUGACAUUUAAGAGCAAUAACCAGAUUGACAGCUUGUAACGCCCUCCUAUCACUUAAAAUGACCAUUUGAUUCUGCUGGACAUGUGUGCAUUUUAGUAUUAGGCCUAAUAAGGAUUGACUCGCUACUUAAUUCUCCCUCAUGUGGCUACUAGAGGAACUGCAGCUUUUACUCUUUGGCUUUACAUCUCAUUCCUGCUGGUGUGAAGCACUGAAGCAAACUAAGGUGCACUUAGCUCAUACAUUCAGGCAUGUAAAGUCUCCUCACUUGUUAAAAAUGGAUUUUUACACAUGUCCCCUCCCCUUUAAAUGUGUUUGGGUUUCCAUAAAGCAGCACAUCUCAUCCUUUUCUUUAUUCAUGAAUCCUCUUCCAUGGUGUCUCUUUCAGGUCGUGUCGUUUUCUUCCCCUUGAGCCAAAGGCGGCUGUCGGAGGUCUUUUGUAUUCAGUGAGAGUAGUUUAUUGCCCUCUCACUGACUGUGGAGGGGAGGGGGGAGCAGCCUGAGCAGGUGGACAGUCGGGCCGUGUGUUAUGAGAUGAUGGUGGGAGGCUGAGAGUGGUGCACUGUGGGGAAAUGCAUCCACUGGUUUCAUAUCAAGGCGUUGUUUUUUAAUCAGAGAGCAAUUAACAUGAAAUUACACACUAGGUUAUAAUUCAGGAGGCGGAUGUGAUUCAUAUUUGCUGCAGUGUUUGCUUUUUGAUGCACACAGUAAAUUUGCAGUUCUUUUGUUUGGCUGUCCUAUCAUUUCAGUUUGUUUGGGCAGGAAAUUGAUGUGCAACCAUUUUGAUAUCACACUACCACAGAAAAUUUACAGUUCCUGCUUCACAUUUCUGAGCAGGUGGUUUCAUUUUGUCCUGAGACUGAAAUCUUUCUGGGUUUGAAAUCAGAUUGGUCAGACUAAACAAGACACUUAGUGACAUUAAAAGCUUUCAUCUUUUGGCUCCAAUGUGAGAUAAUUUCUAGUUUUCUUGAUGUCAUUUUAAGACAAUGAAGUAAAAGUAAAAUCUUGUCAUUUAGUUGAGUUUAGUCCUGGAAAACCGUAAUCUCGUCUGACAGAGCAAGACAAGACUCUGGAGCAAAGUUGUUGGGUCCGUAGUUGGUUUUUUUAAUUUUGCUGUAUUUGUUUAAUAUUGUUAGUAGAGCAAAAAUAAUUUUGAUAACCUUUUCUACAACUAUUGUAAAAUGCUAAAUUUAUUCAAAGAAGUCCCUUCAGUUUUGACUAUUGGCUGGUGUCUGUUUUCAUCUAUUUGUUCGAUGUCUCUUCUUUUGGCGGUGUGUGUAUCCAAACAUCUCUCACUAGUUUUGGCGCUGUUUUCUUCCUCUCUUCUUCUAUUCUCUGCAGGUGUCCGAUCAACCAUAGGUUUUGUGGUCACAGAAUAAAUUGAGUAAAAUUAUUGUUUAGUGAUGCCACAAAUAGUGUUACAUAGUGCUAGUUCAGGCAGGCCACAAAGUCAGACACAGCCCAUAGUUCAUCAGCUGAAAACUAGGCCAAUUAUGUUUACAAAUCCAAUCAGCAAAUAAUCAAAGUAUGAAACUGCUUCAGCCUGUCUGCUGCUUCCUCUGCAAACCACUUUGCGGCCCGCCCUCACCUCACCUCAGCUCCUCUGAUUUUAUCAGUGCCAUGUGUGUCUUCACUCUGUUCUGUACUCCGAGGGUCUUUGCUGCUGCUCUUCCUGCUUUGGUUUUUCAUGUAUGAAGAAGGAAGGUGUGCUCUAUCUGCCUCAGUCUUUGCCAUUCCACAUAAGCCCAUGGAAGGGCGGGGUACUCUGUCAAAUAUGAUCUAUAACAUGCAAAAAUGAAACUAAAUUUGACUAAAUAUCUAGAUUUUUAUGUUUUAUAUUGUCGUCUCCACUUAACAUAUUUCCUACACAUCAUCAAGUGUAAUUUUUUAUGCAUGGGGGUUGGGUAAGUGAACGUGCUUUACACAGGAAUGACAGCAGACGUGGUUUCUUCCUCUGCAUUCUGUGGUCCAUCUAUUGAUGUCCAAUAUGCUCUCAUCCUCUCACGCUGAUGCUGGCUUCAUGCUGUGAGCACCGAGCUCACCCACUUCUGCUAAUGAACACAUGCCGUAGUAGGCAAUAGACUACAGAUCAAUACACUCACAGGAAACCUCUUUCACUCACAUGUACAAGACACACAAACCCACACAAAGAAGCACUCACACAGAGAAACACCAUUUUGGUACGGAGAUCCUGGCAGUGAUUGUGAUGCAGAGUGUACCAAAACAGGAGGAGGAGGAGGUGGAGGUGGAAAGACAGGGAGGAGAUGAUUGUGCCACCAGAGCCAGGAAGAUUGUAACACCUUAGCAACAAACAAGCCAAGCCUCCUACCGAGGAGGAGCCACACAGAGCCACACACACACGUAUACCCACUCAUUCAUUCACACACACACAAAUACACACACAUUUGUGCACUGAUAGACGGCUGAAGAUGGAUGGAUGAUGUUGAUAAAACUAUUCUGGCAGCUGUAUAAAUGAAACCGGGAGCAGACAUCCAGCCCGAGUGCCUCUUUUCCUCCUCGAACAUGAAUCAAUUUAUUUCCUCAUUUUCAGUUUGUCACUCCUGCCAAACCAUCUCUCCCUUCUUCUUUCCACUCCCUACCGCCGAUCCGUCCUCUUGCGGUCUCUCCUCAUUUACCGGGUCCGGCUCGUGUGUGCACUGCUGCUUUACCACCAGCCGUUACCCGCUGCCUCCCCCCUCCUCUCCGGCACACAGGGAGGAAGAUGGAGGGGAGGGGAUGGGAGGGAUGAGCAAUAAAAAAAAACUGGGACCCUGCACAGUCUGAGAGGAGCAGAAGCAGAAGCACAGAUAGAGAGAGAGAGAGAAAAUAAAGGAGGGAAAGACGAGAGGCAGGAUCCUUCUGCAUUGUAUGGAUUGCUUAUUGGAACAAGGAGGGGCAUGUAGAGGGAGGGGACAUUGGAGAUCCAGAUCAGUGUGUUUCUGAGAGCAGGAGGAACAGAGAAGAAGAGCUGUGCAUGUGUGAGGUUGUGUGCAUGCAUGAGUGUGAAAGUGUGCAUGAGUGUGUGAUGUGCUUUAGACUCGCUGAACCUGUGCGACGGUGUCUCUAUCCGAGGAAAGCUUCAGAGGCAGUCGGAGAGCUGUUGGAGCGGUGACUCGCCUCGGCGCCUCCUCUGUGUGUUGUCAUGCCUAACGCCUGAUGCGCUCAGAGGACACAGGCUGCAGCCCGGGAGACAGCGUGAGGGGCGUGAUGGCCGGACGCACCCUGACUCGGUCAUGCAUCUUCAGAUAUCAACCUGGGCUUCUGUUGGCUUCUCCCCUCUCUGAUCCCCUUCAGCACUCAUCAAUGUCCUUCCUGUGCAUCUGUGCGCCGCGCUCUCUGAAUGGAUACCGCUGUCAACACACAUGUGUGGAUUUGCAAUGAGCGCUCAUAAUCUGGACUGGACCUCAGACAGCUCUGGGUGUGCUGGGCCAUGCUACUUUAGGGUGACACUGAUGAAUUUUUAAAGACUUCACCUUUUCCGGCGCUGUUGAUCAUAUUUCUGGAUGACGUCUGAUGCAGGGCUGUUAUUAUUCUGAAUUCAAUCAAGGUUUUUGCUGAAGAGGAUGGACUGGGAAACAUACAACAAGGGGGUGCUUCACAUAAAGAAUAAGGUCAAGUAAAUAAUUAGCAUCAGGAAUGAGGCAUCCAUAAUGAAGAUUUAUUUGCCUCAGCGGUGGAUAAAUUUUAAUUGGGUGUUUUCUAGGAACAAAAGAGCUGAUUGGACUGCACUGACUGGGUGUUGAAGGUUGUCAGGAAGAGAUUUUUUUUUCCAGUACCCGAGACAAAUGAAAAUUUUAGUCAGAGAAGAAAUCCGUGACUGAAAUUGAAAAUUGGAAACAAAGAAGAAGGGAUUUUGGGGAUGGAUGUAACCAGCAGUGGCUCUGCUGUUGAAUCUUCCAAGGAGAAACUUAAUCUCCCUCCAUGUAAGUUUUUGGUCGCAGUCGUGCCGUCAGAUUCUUUCACAUCCCUCUGUGCUGGCGAACUGUCAGCGCUUCAUGUCACUCUGUCUGGUUUCAUUCAUCCACUGUGUGUCUACUGAAGCCCGUCCACAUGAGCGGAGGAGGCGCCCUGCAGCAACGCACCACCUACCUCAUCUCCCUCACCCUAGUAAAAGUAGAGGCCGUGGAGGAGAAUGGAGGGGAGGCCAAGAGCAGCACCCAGGGGAAGGAGGUAGAGGUUGGGCAAGGAGGAAGAGCAGGAAAUGAGGAGGCCGGGGCGAGAGCGGAGGCGGGAAGUUACGCUCCCUUACAGACUGAGAAUGGAGCUGGGGUUGUUUUAGGACAACCACAAAAGGCUGGAGAUGCUGCUGUUGGGAAGGACAGGAAGUUGACUGAGGAGCUCAAAGAUGGAGAGAGAAAACCUCUCAGUCCGCUGAAGGAUAAACCGCCCUCCACUGUUGAUGCCCCGAAUCGAGGGAGUGAAAAGCCAACAGGCAACCUUUCGAUACCUUUACCUGCUGAGAGAGUGACAAAGUCUGUGGAGAUUGACUUAACACGAGUUGAGAAGACAAUUACCACCCCAGAGGCGCAGCAAUGCAGGUCACCGUUGCUGACCAGAACACUCCCAACGGAGGUGGUCGAGCCGAGCCGCACUCCAACCAGAACCAGCCUCCCUAUUCGCCCGGUGGGGCAGCGACCUGUGAGUCUGCUGAAAUCUCACAGCAGUGUCGCCACCCGAGGCCGAGAAUCAAGAGAGGGCAGAGAGCGCAGCCCGACCUCAGCACAAAGCCUGGACCGAAAGGACUGUCGCAUGCAGACACGCUCACCAGGCCCCUGCAGGGCCUCAUGGGCUGAGGCGAGCAGGCCUGAUGGAUGGAGGGACAUGCGGGAUGAAGCUCAAGCUGGAAUCCCACUUGAGAUUGGAGGUAGUGUGGCUGCUGUGAUGAGAGACAUCCCCAGGAAGGAGAGACUCAAGACGGGGUCGGCGUCCUUACCCACACCCGCGAACCAAGCCCCCAAACCGGCCCGCAAAGGUAAAAGUCGCACACUGGACAACAGCGACUUGAACAGCCUGUCUGAGGACCUGGGGCUGGCCAGGGAGGCUCAGCAGGCUCAGCAGGGCCAAAGAGGCUCCGCUAAAGAUAGAAAGAUGCUAAAGUUCAUCAGUGGCAUUUUCACAAAGAGCAGUUCGGGGGCAGCGGGGUCAUCCUCCACAGCGCCUCCUGUCUACAUACAGAGAGACUCCAGUGAGGAGGAAGGUAGGAGGUCGUAAAUGCACACACAACAUCUAGAGUUGUUCUGAUUCAGAGUUGGAAAUGUCUCUGAUACUAUCUUAGACAUAGGACUACAUAUCGGGAGUACCCUAGUCUUGAUAAAGAUGCAAUACAGCAGAUGAUGAGUUCAGAAUAAGAUCAGCUUAUCCCACUGUAAAUAAUUUCUUCUUCUUUGCAACUGCAAAGUAGUGACCGCUAUAUUUACCUUGGAAGUCAGGUGUUGGAGCUGAGAAUGAUACAUCACAUCGGAGUUGACUGUGUACCAGUUAUGUGUUUAUAACAAUUCAGAAAGUCAGAUCCUUUUGAUGUUUGCGUGCAGAAUAGAACUUCCAGAACCUUGUUGGUGGGAUUGAUUCACUUUCUCAAAACAAGGUUAAAUUAUCACAAUCAAAAGUACAGCUUUUUUACUACUGAUGGAGAGGGUAGCCAUCUUGGAUAUUGAGCUCAAGGUUACUGUAUUUCUUCGAGUCUCUGAGUUGGGAUUCUGACUCCAGCAGUCAUUUCUGGUGAUCUACCCAAGAAUAUUCUACUCCUGAGAUCAACUGAAAAUGCACCAUAAGUUGCACAUCUCACUGCACUGCCAUUGUGGAUGUUUUUUUAGCUGUCAGCGGCUGCUUCUAUUAGCCUGCAGUUUCAGGACAGCAAUUCUGGGACCGCAUCUCUGCAACCCUUGUGUUGUUUGGACAGUGAUGAUUCAGGUUAGGGUAGAGCCUGAUUUAUACUUCUGCAAUGACACUGAGCAGUAGCAUGCUGUACCCCUGCACCUACACAGAGCACAUAGCCUGGUGUGCACUUUUUCAAAAAUGUAUCUACUCAUUAAAACGAUACAGGCCCUGCGAUCGGUCCUCUUGGUGACAAACAUUUCCGGUAUCCCUCGCUUUCUGCCUCAGAGGCGAUAUUUUCUCUCUUUUUUUUCUUUGCAAUAACUGUGGAAUGACCAACUGCUGCUCAAGUCAAACAUAAUAUGUCCAGGUUACACAAACAAGAAGAGAACAGGAUCUCUAAAUUGUGUAGGUGGGGUGCAAUGCAGACACUCCAGUGCAGGUGUCUGUAAUCCUUGCACCAGUGUAGGUCUAGUUACCAACACAGGCUUCCAACCCAGACAUAUAAACGCGGUCUUAGUGUCAGGGUUGUGGUUAGACUAUUAAAAUGGUUGUGGCAGAUAUUAAAAAUGCAGCUACACACUGAACAUGUGGUCCUCUCACCGUGAGGAGAUUCCAUCACGAACAACACGGGUCUUGGAAUUGCAGUCCUGUAAAUGCAGUCCUAAAUCUGCUGCCUCAGAUCUACAGACACUUGCUAUUUCUGGCAUCUGCUGUUGUUUGUUUGAAGGCGGUCUGCUGGUUUUUAGGUUACGAUUCCUUUACUGUUCGUAUUUCCUAGUAGUUUUAAGGUCGUGUCUCUCGAGCUCUGGUGAGUGUGGUAAGAGUAAAAAAAAUCUCUUUUUGCCAUCCCACGUUAUUCAUCUUAAGUUUAUACUGUCUGUUAGACCACAAACUAAAGUUGUCUGGGAUCUGGGAAUCUGAUAUCAGAAUUUGCAAUUCAGCAAAUCCAGUAAUUGAAAUCAAUACAAGCAAGAAAAAAAUGGCUUCCAAGUGUCUAUUACAGCAUCACUAUCAGCUCUUUUGGAUGAACUACCUGCAUAAUAACAGCUUAUUAUCAGAGAUACUCCUGUCAAACAGUCAUCAUGGUGCAGCCUCUUCAUCUGUGAAGGCAUCCAUUUCAAAUGAGUCAGGGUGGGUUUGGGUGGGGUUGAUCUUUUCAGAGAACCCCACACAGCACACAUUUACGGGCUAUACUGCUGUCAUGAGACAUUUCCUGAAGCCAUGUGCGACUACAAAUUUAUGACAGAUGAAGCUCUUUGAUGUGAGAACUGACAAUAGAACCAUCUUGGACGGUCUUAAUCUAAUUCCCCUCAGAGCGAGGGGAGAUUUCACACCGCUGGAGGGGUAAUCUUUCCACUCUCUCUCUCUCACACACACACACCCACACUUAAGCAGCGAUCCCAGCAUGGGUUUAAAUCUCAUAAUGAAGCCAAAGGGGAGAGGAGCUGUUGGUGUGAUCACAGUUGGGUUGCACUGCUCUCGUUGAUUUUUCGCCUCGGCUUUAGUUCAGUAAAACCAGAAGAGGGAACGGCGUGAGGCGAUGUUUGUCACCCACGUUUAAAAAGGGAGGAACAUUUCUAAUCCUGUCUUUGAUAGUCCACCCACUGCCACUACACGGGGCUGUGUUUUUUUUACAUUUCUGCUCACUUUUGUUCCAAUCUCUGUUGGGCAUUACAUUUAAAAUCAUGUCAGAGCGUUCGUAUUGCUUUUUAAGAAGCAGCAUCCUCAGUUACGAGCUGCUAAUUUUUCCCCUCCUAGCUGUGUGUCGACGGCUGCAACGCACAACAGAGCGACUCUUUCAGACAAACAUGUUUGCUCAAAGAAAGAGCGAGUGUCAGCCUGUGGGAGUGAGCGAGUGUGCGUGUGUGUGUUUAAUACAUUCAUUCACUCAUUGUGUAUUCACACUGUUACACAUGCACACUGUGGAAUCACUCAAGUAUAGUGAGGCGAGCUCUGCCAACUACACACACACACACGCACACCCACACACACAUACACAUUUGCACGCAAACGUACACAUACUCAGGGCAGGAGGAAGUGUUGCCAUGGCAACCGGCAGGACUGCUGCUUCUGCUGCUGCUACAGAGGCUGAUGAAACAGAGGGGGUGGAAGAGAAUGAUGGGGAGACGUGGUGUGUAUGUGUGUAUUUGUGUGUGUGAUUGGUGUGUGUGUGACCGGGCGUUGACACAGGCUGAGAGGUUCUGACAAAAAACAGCAUUAAGUUGGAAAAUUGGCAGUUUCGGAUGAGAGCUACAGGCCAUACAUAUGGGGAGGGGGGGUUCAUUGGAUCACACAUGGUCGGUUUGGAGCAGCGAGUGUGGAUAAUUGGCUUUCUGUAGAAAUCUGUGUGUCGAAGCAGCAGAAGGAUCCCACUUGUCUGAUCACUUCUGGCAACAGCAGCCGGCCAUAAAGAGAGCUUUGAGUCAGAGAGACAGACAAAGAUAGACACAGUGUCAGUGUGCGUGUAUGUGGGUGUUUCUGUGUGUGUGUGUGUGUGGGGUAGGAGUUGCCCUUUUUUCUCAGGGAGUUGCCUGCAGCAGCACCUCAUGUUUAAGCUCCUUUUUCCCCUCAUCUAAAGCCCAUCACGACCGCCUGCAUGUGUCAGAUUCAGAGGUUUUGGCCUGGUCGCUCCUUAGAUUUAGCGCCUGGCCUGAGUUUAAUCAUCAUCUGCUUCAGACACACCACGUGUUUGAUAGUGGGCACUUUAUCAGUGUGACUAAUCUCCCAGAUUCUCCAUUUUAUUCCCUCGAUUUUUCAAACUUUUCUGUAAUGAAUUUAUUCUCUCUCUGACUCAGGUGUUAGUCGUGCUGGCAGCUUGUUACCUAAAGAAUUACAACCACUGACUUUUUUUUGAUUUAUCACUCUAGUCCUGUUAACUCUCCUCAAUCAUCGCUCAUCUACAACAAUAUCUCAGUGUUGAUGUAAUGGAUUGGCAUAAGAUUUUACACUGAAAUCCUGACAAAACCUCUCAGCUGAGAUCACUGACUGUAUAAAGAUGGAUGAUACUCCUCCACCUCCUCCUGUUGUUCCAAAGUAAUGUACCCAGCACAGACAUCCUGCGCAUAUGAAGUCAUUUGGAGCUAGAGUGUUCGCAGUAGGGAAUGAUCUACCCUUCUGCUGCCAAAAAAGACACAGUUUACUUUCUAAUAAAAUGUCUGAGAUCCCUAAAGUUGGUGCAGUCCAUAGCAGAAGAGUGUCUAAAGCUGUUUCGGUAACGUUUUCUUUUACGGUACACUUAUUACCAGGUAAUUACCUAGUAACAACAUGAAAUUAUCUGGUAAUUACAUGAUAACUACUAAGUCAAUACUGUCUAGCUACGAGGUAGGUAACCUUCCAUCAUCAUACAAAUUUGAAGCCAAGGGUCUACACAUGUAUUUUGCUUAGUUAUUUCACCAUGGGAGGAGAUGAAGUCAUAUCACAUACAGUCAGUGAUACCAUCUAUCCAAGUGGUAUGACCUAUUGACAAGCUGACUAAUGCGGUUUAAUAAAACAGCCCCAGAAUAAACCCUAAGUUUAUGAUGCUUUAUAAUUUUCAGGAGAAAACUCUGGAGUAUCCAACUUUAAGGUCAUUUUGGAGACAGCCAUCUGUGAUGUAGUUAAACUCUCCCCUUUGACCAUACAGGUUUUAAUAUUUCCUAACCACAUCUUUAUGAAACAGGCUAGUCUCAUUUCAUAAAUACAGCCCUCUGUGUUGAAAUUCCGUCCCCCCUCACCACAAACUACAGCCGCUAAAAUGUUGUUAGAGUUGAAUCAUCUUGAAAACAAAAAUGAAGAUUUUUAACCUUCGUGAAUGUUUUACUAAUACAGGAUUAUUGUUAUAGGGCACUUCAUUUUAAGCUCAGCGUAAUAAAUAAACUGGCGACUGUUUGUUUAUUGUUUCUCUCUUAGUUACCCCCAGGCUCAGUCUUUCCAUCUAUUCUUGUCUGAAGCUGCAGCUGGGUGUGUGGGGUGCGAGCAUCACUUCACAUUGAGGGCAGGCCACCUCCUCUGCCCUGUAGGGACUGUGGCACAGCUGGGUGCAACCCGACUCCUUUGGAUUACUGUACUGUCUGCUGUCUGUGUGUGUGUUUGUGUGUGUGUGUGUGUGUGUGUGUGUCCAUGUGGUUUAUUCAGCACACUGAACAACAACAACAUUUAGCAGGCAGCACAUCCAAACCAGACCCCUUUCAUAUCAGGGCUGAAGGAUGAGGUUAUUAGUCGGUUGGCAGAAAAAUUUGUCUGAAAUUAGUCAGCUGGCAGGAAGUCUGAUAUUACGAUGAUCAGUUAAUCAUUUCAAGUGGCUUUUCUCUGGUUGCAGCUUCUGAAAUGUGAGUUUUUUUAAUCUUUUAUAUCAUAGUUAACUGAAUAUCUUUGGCUUUGGACUGUUGCAUCAAAACAAGGCUCAUUAGUAGUAUGUUUACACUACUUGCCUUUGUAGUAAAAACAUAUAUAUAUAUAUUUAUGCUCAACACUUGUUUUUAUGUCUUUAUUUUUAUUUUUUGUGACCAACACUGGUUUUCAGUUUAAUCUGCUCAUUAUUUCCUACCAGGUUAGAUACAGAUUUAAUAGCUGUCUGAUUGCUGAUAUAUUUUUCUUGAUAGUUGAUAUCUGCUGCCAUAAUCCCAAAAUGCUUGUGGGAAAUGUGGGAAUAAAGAGAGCCCCCAGAGCAGAGCCAUACCAUCAAAUUUAACUUAUGACAUGAAAACAAAUAUUUCCUUACUGUAAUUGGACCUGACUGAAAUAAAUCUGUUUUGUUUUAUAUUGGUAAAAACGAAUUACCUUUUAAUGGCCUCUGUCUGCAAAUAAGAAACAAACUCAUGGUUGUAUUAAAACGAUCCAUUGGCUUGAUUCUUUCUUAGUUACAUAAAGUAUGAGGAUUAAUUUGGAUUCAGUUCAGAAUUUUCAGAAGAUUGAAUCUCACCAAGUCUAACAGCGCUGUUCUGCAUAUCUCAACAAGCUGUCCUUAAAAAGGAUCAGAACCCAUGAAAUGGGAUUUAGAUUUGGUUGUCUUGUAGAGAGGAGAUACUUAUCUCUAAAAAGGCCAUUUGAUUUGUGCCUUUUAAGCUGUCAUAAAUAAAUACGUCUGGUUGAAUCUAAGCAGACUGAUAUCACUGCUGUCUGUUGUAAAGAGAACUUGUGAGGAGUGUAUUUUCACAUGGUUUUGACAUUUCAUAGCCUGAAGGUAAAUCAGUCAAUCAGUUUGAGGAGCCUUCAGGUCAGUCUCUGAUGAAACUGAUCAAUAGUUUCACCUCAAGGUGGCCGUGGUUGAAAUCCACAGAGGACUUUUUGAAUGUUUGAUUGGCAGCUGAUCUGAACUUUCCUGUAAAAGUGGUGGUUCAAGCCCAGCUGCCCGUCAUUUACAGCACAAGGGAGGCAAAGUGGGUAAUGACUGGUGUGGCUGUACCUUCAGGAUCCCCCGCUGUGACUUAAAGGUUAUAUUCAUUAAGUUGACCCGCGAGGCCAUACGUGCGCUUACAGCGAGCAGCCAUGCAGCAGCUGUGUGAUUUAUCGCUCUCCCACAGGCCGUUAUGAUGGCUGCCCUUUUUACUGUACAUGAUCAAAAUGAUGAAUCCCUAUCUCUCUCUUUCUCUCGCUGCAUCGCUGACUGUUUGUCUCUGUCUGUCUCCCUUCAGUUAACAUUGCCAACAGCCAGGAGUGGACGCUGAGCAGAGCCAUCCCAGAGCUCAGACUGGUGAGAUCAGAGUGCAACACACACCACCAGCACAUGCCAGAACUCAAAACAGAGGAUUUGAUUUAUUUUUAGAUUUGUAGGAUUCAAGACGUUAUUAUUGUUGUACAAAGCAGGAUGGUGCAGGAAAUGAUGAGUUAAAAUCAGUAUCUCGUGGGCGUUGGGGAAGUGCUGUUUUGGCCUUGUGGUUAAGGUGUGCAUCACACAUCAAGGCUACAGUCAUUGUGGCAGCGAGUUUUACAUAAGGGUGAUCCAAAAGGUCACUUUCCUGUUAUUAUGGUUUUUUAACAUUUAGUUUUGGUUUUACACCUCUCUUAGGGAUUUAUUUUAGAGACAUGACAAUAGACAGUAUGAAACAUGGACAAAGUAUAAGUCUGUGGUUCUCAACUGGUGGGUCCCGACCCAAAAGUGGCUGGUGAACAUGUUCUGGAUGGGUCACGAACAGCUAGUCAAAAAAAUAAAUAUUAAAUGCGCAUCUGAUGUUUGAGAUGUCCUUUAUUUUAAAAAAUAGCUUAUUUUGAAAGGAACGCACUAUGUCGUGGUCCUCCUCGGUUUCUUAUUAAUGUGGCCUGAUUUAGGCAAGAUUAUAUGUUAGGUAAGAUUAUAUGUUUUUUAUUGGUCUUUAUUUUGUGCAGUUUGAUAUUUAUUCACUUUUGCAUGGUCCUCCUCAGGUUCUUUUGAAUCUGCUCUGAAUGCAGAAAUGCAAAUAAGUCAAAUUUCUCAUGUUGCUGUUCUCUAUUUUGUGCAAUUUGAUAUUUGAUAUUUUCUGUAUAUGCAACCUCAGUAGUUGUCAUCCUCAGUUCAUGUGCUCUGAAAUGCACUUUACUCAAUAAAAUAGGUGUAUUUUUGUCAAAGAUUUGAGUCUUUAAAGGUUUUUUGAUAGAGAAAUAUACAUUUUCUUGGUUUAAAUUAUACAAAAGUGGGUUGCGACUUAAGGAUCAUGGGAAACUGUGGGUCCCAGAGUGAGACCAGUUGAGAACCACUGGUUUAAGUGACAUCCUCUGUGUCUUGUGUGGAUUUUUGAAGCUUUGACAGUAAUCGCAAAAAUUGAAAUGCUGUUCUAAUCGAACUUUAAGACAACCUUACACAAAAACAACAUACUGUCAUGAUCUAAUAUUGCUUCUUAAAAGUUGAGGGCCUAAUUCUUCCUCUUCCGCUCACUGUGCUGUAUGUCUAUAUGUGGAUAAAAAAAGGAAGUGAGGCAAUAAUUUUAGACCUGCUAAAAGGAAACUAAAACACACUCAAGUGAGGAACUAAAAGUUUGUGAGGAACUACUUUAAUUCAGCCUGAGGUUUAUAUUUGAAACAUUACACCAUGAUGAAGCGUGCACACUCACCCUGAAAGAACUUCAUGGUGCUGUAUUUCCUUCUCUCUUCUCUCAGGGCAUUCUGGGAAGUCUGAAAAGUGGCAAGUCAGCGCUGGUGAACAAAUACAUCACAGGCAGUUAUGUUGCACUUGAGAAAACUGAUGGUAAGACACAUUAAGCGCAUUUUCCUUACACUGUGCCUUUUAACCACAGCAAAGCUUUUUGUGCCUGUUGGAUCUUAUUAGAUUAUCUUUCAUCACAGAGUACACUUUGUGUGACCUGCUGGUUUAUUUGGCUUCACCCUGCCUCUCUCACGCUGCCACCAGCUGCUGAAUAACAUGUCUGUCAUUGUCUCUGCCCUUGUCAGGCGGCCGCUAUAAAAAAGAAGUGCUGGUGGACGGACAGAGUCAUCUGUUACUGAUCCGAGAGGAGCCCGGUCCACCUGAUGCACAGGUGCUUCUUUGUGUGAGAGUGUGUCAUAAAGACAGAGAGAGAGAAAGAGACAGUAAUUAGUAUGCUAAACUGACAUACCUGCAGACUUCAUCAUCAAUCAUCCUCAUCCUAUUCCUCCUCCUUCAGUUCAGCAGCUGGGUUGAUGCAGUGAUCCUUGUCUUCAGUCUGGAAAAUGAGAGCAGUUUUCAGGAGCUCUACCAGUACUACAGCCAGCUGAACGCUCACCGCACAGACAUCCCCGUCAUUGUGGUCGGCACUCAAGGUCAGAAAAUAAAUCACGAGCAUUUAAAUUCACAAACUGCGGGACUAAACUGAAUAAUAAUGAGAGAGACGGGCAAAAGCAUAGAUCUGAUCACAAGUAGGUGGAUAAAAAAUGCAUAGAUGUGUAAUCUGUUGGCACAAGACCUGGUUUUUGUCAGAGAAGUGUUUGGGUCUCAGGUUGCUGUCGGAGUACAAAAGUCUGGGAAAAAGUGAAAAUCCUUUUUUUUUAUCAUGUAGGUCUCUCAUUGAAGAGCAACUCGGUUACAUUUUGUUUGCACCAGGGUCUCUCUCUUUUUUCUCUUCUCCUUCUCCAAGAGUAUUACUGACCAACAGAAUUUCAUAGCUGUAUACAAGAAAACAGCCUGUGUGGAGAGCUCAGGAGGAAAAAUCCACUUCCCUCUGAUGCUGCUCUGAAACCUCUCAAGCAGGCACCCAAUAGAAAUUUAACUUUAAUUAAUCUUUACGUAAUUAUUCAUACAUCUGCAUAAAAGUGCAGCCAGCAGUGUUGAAUUUUGUCCUCCAACAGCCUCUUUAUUCUUGCUUCUUUAAGGUACAGUGAAUAUGAAAACUGUUUUGUUUUUGUUUAAUUAGAAUCUGUCUUUUUUAACUUCUUAGGAGCGGGUCCCCUUCCACUUGAACUGCCAUGAGUCUAUGGUAGCGUAGAAGAAAGGAACUAAAAUCUCAUUUUUUUAAUUAGUUAGUGGCUGUGUGAAAUCUCUCUGAAGGUCUCACUGGAGCUGGUUUCAUUAAAUGUAUUUAAAGCCAAAAUGACUAACUUAAAAGCUGAUUUUUUAGCUUACCUGGUCAUUCAACUAACUCUCUGAUAGUUUCUCUUUCUAUUGUAAAUGGUUCCUUGCAUGUUUGUGUCUGCAACUUCGUAUUUCGCUGCUAUUUUAAACAGUAAAUAAGAUUUUUCUCCUUAAAGGGAGUAAACUGGUUGGAUAAAAGUGUAAAGAGACAGAUCGUCUUUUUUCCAGAUAAAAUCAGCAGCACCAACCCCCGUGUGAUUGAGGAUCAGAGAGCCCGACAGUUGUGCAUUGAUGUGCGUCACUCGCUGUUUUACGAGACCUGCGCCACCUACGGGUUCAACGUGGACCGAGUCUUUUCAGAGGGUGAGCAAGUUUGUAUCUGUGAUUCAUCAGGUGACGUGACCUAAUUCACUGCGAAGGGAACACGGCAGUGUAAACAAACCUGUGAUACUUACAGAUGACAGUCAGUGGAGUAAAUCAGUUGGUGUUUUUUCUUUAUCAGCUGCUCAGAAGAUUGUAGCUCAGAAGAAGCAGGCGGCGCUGCAGGCCUGCAAGUCUCUCCCCAACUCUCCCAGUCACUCUGGAGGAUCCACACCUGGGUCUGCAACAUUUCCUGGACAGGUACAACAUCCAAACAGCGAUUAGUUUCAAUAUCAUGCCUGACAUUUUGGUCUACAAAGGAGACAACAUCCUCUGGCAAGAAACAAACAUACUCUAUCCCAAAAUUCCUGCUUGUCUAAUUUCAGUUAUGUAGUUUGGGAUCUUGACGUGUCUUCAAACCACAUCCAUUUCUCCCUCUUCAGACAGCAUAUCUGUAUAAUCAAAUCUGAUCCAAAAGCACUGCUCUCACUGGUUCACAUUCAGAAUUAACUCUCUGUGGCUUUUAAGACCUUCAGAGUAAGAACUGCAUAAAACCAGAGUGCUACACAUUAAUAUAUUCAGGUGCAAACUUGUUAUUGUUCAUCUGUUUGGGUAAACACAAUCUUUUUUCGAGUCUAGACAGAUAUUGCAUAAGAUCUGUUAAAAAUAGGACAAAGAUGAAAGUGUUCUGCUGUUGCGAUGGUGUUUGCAAAGUUUGAGUAGUUUUUCACUUCUGCUGAGCGUUUUUAUCUGCUUACUUCUAGGAGAAUUUUAAUGAUCCUCAACGCUUUUUUAUUUCCUGCAUAUUUUAGAAUACGAUUACAAGAGACAAAAUUAUCCCCUUAAAAAUUAGUCAUGAAUACCUUUACCUUGUAAGCAGAACUGGGUUAGCCUGAAAGAUUAAAAGAAAGAUUUUGAAGCUCUCUGCAGAACCUUUGAUAAUUUCAUGUUCGACUGAAAAGGAGAUAAAUGCAUUUGAAGGUUCAAAUCAUCCAUCACACUGAAAUCUCAUCUUCAACACCUUCCACGAGCCAGUCUAUCACCCACUAUACAUCCAUCUCAGCCCCAUAAGUAUCACUUCCCACUUGUUCACGAUGAUCCUCAAAGGUCUAAAGAUUCAUGUUUUCCAUCAUGAACCACUUUUUGAGACUCUGGUUUUUCACAGGCCAGUCUGGACACUAAACUCUAGAUUUCAUUAAGUCUGACUUUUAAUCUUUUUCUCUCUAUCAUGAGACUGCAAUUCAUGUCUGACAGAGAAAGAAAGCAGCGAUUUGUUAACGAUCACAAUUUUCUGGCCGAUCACCGAUCUUUAAAAAGCUUGACCUGUGGAUAAUGAUAUGGGACGAUACUGAUUUUAUUUUUCUAUAACUGACAACAUACGCCUUCGAUGCUCCAAUCUGAUUUUAAUGAAAAACAUUAAACAAUGUUUUUCUUGCUGAAGUAGAUAAGAUCGGUGGAUAAAAUCUGAUUUAUGUGUGUAAGGAUCAGCUGAUCACUGAUCCCCCAAUACUGAGGAAAUCGGUGCCGAUCGAUCGGCCGGCCGAUUUAACAGUGCAUGUUUAGUUAUCAUAGCCUGUACAUGCAAAGCCAAGGCAGGGAGAGCAUCAGCAAAGACCCCAAACACAAUGCUUAGUGUAUAAUCAGACAUAGCUGAGGAGAAGUUGACAUUUUAACAGUGGGGUUCAUGGGGAUUUCCUCUUUAUUCUAGCUAGUCUCUAGUGGCCACAUGAAGAACUGCAGAGUUUUUUAAGCCUACUUUUUGUUCCUUUCUUCAACCUUAGAGGUUUCUGCUAGCAAACAACAUGCACAAUAAAAAAGUGUGUGCUGAUCUCCUGAGAGUCUUUGAAACCCAGGGUUACCAUCCAUCAUUUUUCAUCUUUCAGCUCAUUCUCACUCUCUCCAUCUCUUCCCUCACGCCUCCAUCUCCAUCUCCCCCGCUCCCUGACCUCCUGACCCCGCUGUCCACCACUUCACUCCUCUUGCUCUCAGGCCAGUAAUGGCCCUAGUGGUGGCUACGCCUACUCCCUCCCCUCCACCCCCGUGGUGGGCCACAGAGAGCUGCGGGUCGCUCAGGGAGAGGGGGUGAGCAGUGUCAACUCACGCUCACUGAAGAACAUCCCCCGACGGCCCUCCCUCUUCAAGGUCAGUUGUCGCCAGCUGCUGGCGUCUCACACCUUUUAGUUCCCCGUCACCUCUCACUAUCAUCCCACUCCAUCCCUGUCUGGCUCGCUCUGAUCACACCCUGUGUCUGGCUUUAAACACAUUUGCUGUUUUUGUUUCAGAACCGAGACUCAGAUAAGAAGGCUGGUGAUGCUAAAGGAGACCUGAGCAGCACACGAGGGGUCCCCAUCAAACAGGUUUGGAUGAAUUUACAAACAAACAAAAUCACCUGAAUUUCAAUUAAAUGUGUUUUUUUAGUGUUUGUUCCAAGCAGCACAAUAGAACGUACAGAUCCUUUCUUUAGCACCAAUGUGGGAACAUAAGAUGCGUACGCUUCAUCUUACAUAAGCAGCAGAAAAAAAUAAUCUGUUUCAUCUUUUCAACCUUUCUCAGGGGUGUUCUAUUAAUAUUGUGCCUUCAGCUAUUGUUGUCGAACCACUCUUUACUCUUUGAAGAGAUGGUCUCUGUUGUGUGGAGUCUAAAUUUAGGCAGAUUUGUGGCUGACCUUGGUUGUAUUCGACAGAGCAUCUUGUGGAAGAGGAGUGGAAGCUCGCUGAAUAAGGAGUGGAAGAAGAAAUACGUCACCCUGUCCAACAACGGCACGCUGUCUUACCACUCCAGCUCCAGUGUAAGAGAACACCAGGAACAGAUCAAUACAGCAGUAAAACACAGGGAGGAUUUAGUACAGCCAGAUCAUAUCUGCAGCUUUUCAGAUUCAGCUGCAGUUUCAGCUUCAGCGGUUUUCAGUACAGACCACAUUUAUCUUUGACAGACCUAUAGGAGCUAUAAAACUCCUGCUGAACAUUGAUUUUUGUCAGUGAUUUAACUUUUAAGCAUUGUGUAUCGCUGGAUAGGAAGUUCACCUCAUUGAAAUCUAAAAAAAAUUGAUCAUAAGCAGUGGCUGCUGGAGAGAUAUUUUAGGGGUCUGGGGGUGGGGGGCCCGGCAGUCGUGGGAAUGACAAACAGGUACAUCGUACUCAAGCUAAAAACAGCGAGGUUAGAGCUGAACAAUUUCUCACAUUAUCUCAUUACUAUUGUAAUGUGUGCCUCUGCACUAAACACUGCAAAAUUCAAAACGUAUCACAAUUAAUUCAGAAAAGUUAAUUUGAAUAAACACUCAAUGUUUCCUCACCCAGAAUGCUACCAUGCCAACUGUUGCUUUUCGGCCUGGUGUGAGAGCUGACAAGUGCUUGCAGACUACAAGCUACUCUAUACAGACUAACAAAAUACUUUUCUGUCAUUACUUUAUAUUGCCUGAUAAAAAAGACAUUUUUCUUCUGCGAAUGUGUCUGGACUCAGUGAAGAUUAUUUUAUUCAAAGUAAAACUAUGCAGCUGAAAGCACCUCUAAACUCUUUUAUUUUUGUUUUCAGGACUACACACAGAACAUCCACGGGAAGGAUAUUGACCUGCUGCGUGUGACAGUUAAAGUACCUGGAAAGCGUCCCCCGAGAGCGGUGGCCCCUGCAGUCCCCACACCGGUCCCCCAAGGCUCUGUACCUGGAGUCAAUGGGCUGAGUAAAGAGCUGACAGAUAGCACCAGUACAGGUAACACCUUUACUUCUCUGAUACCUGAGCACGGCAAUGACACAAACAGGGACAGCAGAAAGGGUCUUUUAAAGGACAUAAAUAUGUAAAAGUACUAAAAGUCAUGUUAAUGCAUUGUUAAUGGCUAUUAUACGCCUUUCAGAAAGUCAAUGAUGGCUUGCUCUGUCCAUGUAAGAGUUGACAUUUUUUAGAUGGGCCUUUUUUAGAGGAACUAUUUGCCAAGACAUUCCCUGAAAACCACACACCAUAGGGACUUUGUUGCCUGCAUUGGCACGGCUAUUGUUUGUUGUGAAGGCUAGCAUGAACCUUAAAGUGAGGUAUCUGACAUGACAGUUCAGGAACCACUUAGCCUCAACAGGGACUUCCACCGGCGAAUUGCAGCCCCCGAAGCGACCGUCGAUGAUCGCCUCUCAAAGCUCGGCUGUUGAAUGCUUCGUGCCCGGUUAGGGUUACCAGCGUUUGCCCGACUGUAGCCGAGGAUAGCGUCCAGGGUAGCAUACUUGCUAGUUUUACUGUCAGACACACUCCGGUUGUCGUGGGCAGUUAUUUUUCUGUAGUCUUUAUAGAGUUUCUUUAUCUUAUCGGGUCUAAGUCGCGAUGAAUCUCCUCUGCCGCAUAAACGUCCGAAGUUUUCCCUCUGUUUCUACCCAUUUUACUAUUUUUUUGGCGACCGUUAUGACGCACUGCUAAAAUUUUGCUGACGUUUACCGAGGAUUUUAAAUUAACGGUCGGUGGUUCUAAAAUGGCUCGCGCUCGAACACUCGCGUGAGUCACAGGCAGUCGGUGUUGUACUUGUGUCAGUAUGGCAGAAGCUCUGUGCUGGUUUUCUUUUAAUUUAUAAAAAGGCUGUCGAAAAUCAGUUACUAAAUAUUCCUAUUAAGUGAAAGUAAAUACUUGUGCCAUUGUCCUUUAGUGUCUCCACCUGUUAAUCCUUCUUUCUGCUCAGUUAGUGUUUGUGCGUAAAUUGUGUACCAGUUUGUAUGUUGUAAACUACGGUGGCCGAGAACCGCCACUGCCGCAAAUAAAAAAAAAAGCCACAACGUAAGUAAACGACACCAAAAAUAGUGGCGAUGCAAAAAAAAAAAAAAGUUUCUUACAGCGAGUGCCUGAGUCGAUAUGAAAUUAAAUCUCCUAGAAUCAGAUUUAGAUCCUGGUUCCUGCAAUCGAAACACACAAAGUCCUCCAAAAGGUCCCAUAGUUCCUGGAGAAGAUUCCUGAGGUUGAAAAGCACCUUAAGACAGUUGCUGAAUUUAAGACAGGAAGGAUUAUUUAAUAGUCAUGUCAGUUAAACAUGCAUCAGUCGUUUUUGUAUUGUUUAAAUAUAAAAUACUGUGUAUAUUUGUGUUGUUUCCUCUCCUGUUAGUUCCCCAGUUGUGUCCAGCCACCCUCUCCGUGGUGGACGACCGCUCGUCUGGAGGUUUGUCACCUCAAGGAGGAGAUCGAUCUCUUCAACGCUGCCCCUCCUCAUUAUCUACCAAAGCACAAAGCGUUGGUUCGUACUCAAAGACAUAUAAAUCUCCAAUCUUUGCCUCCUGUUUAGAAACUCUUUGUCCCCAGCUCCUUUUACUGUUGUAUAUAUGAUUCAUCAUCUUUUGUCUCACAUGUCAGAUGCCCUCGAAGGGGCGGCCAGUCCUUUCUCUGGCAAAGACCCCAGCCAGUCAUCUCCUAUGAGCGACAGAAAGAAGAACAGGAGGAAGAAGAGUAUGAAUCAGAAAGGAGACACAGCUGUUGGACAGGCUGAAGGUAAAACAUGUUAAAGUUCACGUUUUAUAUUGUGGGAAUAAUUCAGCAGGUUUAACUUCAAUCAGACCGUCAGCUUAUUUCACAGUGUCCUGCAUGUUUUCUGCCUUAUCAGACAGGGACACAGUAGAAGAAGAGUCUGGUCUCUUAAAUAAUAAAAGCUGUAACCUGCUGUGUAAUUUGUGACCCUGUACCUGCAGGUGAUCCUGGCUCUUAAGCAGCUUAAUCCAGCUGCUUUGCACCCUGAGUAUCAUGUGACCGGACUGCACCAGUUUCAAUGUUAAAUUAGUCUAACUGUAAAUGCAUUUGUGCAGCAGACAGUGGUAUCUCGUAGGCUGAAUGACUAUGACUGACUUCCAGCAGCCCUUUGUAUAGCCUUAUAGCAGCCCUUAAAUAUAUCAUAUGCAUGACUGUGUAGUCUUUUGUUUUAGUUAGCCAUGUAAUUUACAUACUCCCACAUACUGUUCCUUUUCUUUUUUGGAAAAAAUUUGGAGCUCUUAGCCAUUAUGAUGCCAAAAUGUUGCUUUUUUGUAAAGCUUUGUGCAGCACUUGACUGUUGUAGUCUUUCUUUUCUGUUGACAGAAUUACAUUUCCAUUUUCACAUGAUUUACACACUCCUACUCAGUGUUCCUUUCGCUUAUGUCUCUGUCCUCUUCUUCUGUCUCCUCUGUUAGCACACAGAUUACCGAGCAUCUUUCUCUGGAUAUUUCUCAACAGCCUUUUCUUAACUCUCUCUGUUUCUCUUUUCCUUCUCCUCUGCUUAUCUCUCGCCCUGCAGCCAAGCGCAAAAUGUGGAAGUUAAAGAGCUUUGGUAGCUUGAGAAACAUUAAUAAGACAGGUAACAAGUGGGGGUGCUGACACCUGGAUUUACAUUCAACAUUUCAACCCUUUUUUUUUCACGUCUGUGCACAACAUCCCAGCCUGAGUUGUUCGUGCGAAUCUUUUUGUUGUAUUAACUGAGAUUUGUGUGCGCCGCUUUCCAUCAAGCUGCUGUUUUAUGUUAUGGUGCAUCCCUCAUAUUGAUUUACUCCACUCAUUUUGUCCAUUUUUGGUUCGUUAGUUGCCUUUGAGCUCACGCAGAUCUUUGAAUUUUCUUGCAGAGGAGGAGAACGCAGACUUCAUUAUUGUGUCGUUUACCGGGCAGACGUGGCACUUUGAGGCCCAGAGUCAGGAGGACAGGGACUCCUGGGUGUCGGCGAUAGAGAGCCAGAUCUUGGCCAGUCUGCAGUCCUGUGAGAGCGGCAGAAACAAGGUACCCACAUUUUAAAAGCCUGGAAAUUACAUCUUUGUAUAAGCCUGUGUGAUCAAAAACUUUCUCAAGCUGUUUUCAUAUAUCCUUCUUUUGGCUGAUGCUUUUCUAAUCUUCUAAAUGUCUCUGCAGUAACCUAAAUUAAGUUACAUUUUGACAAGUUUUUGCUGAUGCUGCAGUAUAGCAGGUGCCAGCGCUUUUAGUCAUAUUUAAUAGAAGCAGACUAACACGGCCCCGGUGAAGCCGCUCAGCCUAUGAAGAGUUGGCCAGACCACAGCAGCAGGGAUUUUGCAGCAAAACAGAAUAACGCCAGAGUAAUUCAGAGGUAUCAGAGCAUGCAAGAGUCUCCUUGACAUCAACUGUAAUGUGGCGCACAACACAUGAGAGGCACUGCAGGAGGUUAGAGAGCAGAUGCCAUCUAGAUCAUUGAUAGCCUAUGGUAAAGAAAAGAGAAAUCAAAUGUCAAGUGUGUCGCUUAACAUCUCAGAAAAUUCCAUCAUAUCCAGCCUUUUUAGUCAGGCGCAUGUAUGACUUGACCCCCAAAAAAAUUCUAAAAGGUUUUUCAACUGUUUUUUUAUAGUUUUAGAUGUCCUUUAUAACAAACUAAAAGUUUAUAAAAGUUUGACUGCCAGAAAGGCGUCAUUUUCACGAUGGCGUCCAUGAUGGAUUGAGAGAGUAUUUUCUCAUUUACAGAGUGAUAAAAACAGAUAUCCAUAGUCACAAAACUUGUCAUACAAAAACUGUUUGUCUUAAUGUAAGUUAUAAACCUGUAAAGUUUCAUGGUGAUAUCUGUUAGUUCAAAAUUUUACCCAAUUCACCUGGAGUGUCUCCCCGGGCUUCCAACCCAUCAUGGACGCCAUCGUGGAAAUGACACUUCUCUAGCGGUCAAUUAAUAAGGACAUCUAAUCCUAUGAAAACAGUUGAGAAACCUUUUGUUAGAAUUUUUUUAGGGUUAGGUGGGGUUUUUUUUCAUAAAUGCAUCCGCCUUUUUAUGGUUGACUUCAUUUUCAGUGUCCAUUCUAGAGAUUAGUCUGUCUUUUUCCACAUCACAGAAGUCAUAGGGCGCUAAAUCAGGUGUAAUAUGUGUAUUUCUCAUGCUUGACUUUACAAAUUGGAAGAUGCUACUUGUGUCUUGUAUUUUCAUUGUGCAGGCUCGACGGAGCAGCCAAAGCGAGGCCGUAGCUCUGCAGGCCAUCCGCAACGCCAAGGGCAACAGUCUGUGUGUGGACUGCGAAGCUCCAAGUGAGUGCUGAAAUGUCGGAUUAUUCUGCUUUCAUGCAUCAAGGACAGCCCGUGGUGGUGGUGGUUGUGUCGUACUUGACACGUUGUUUGCUUCUGUUUAGUAAAGCUGUGUUUGUUUAUCUGUCACCGUCACUGCUCGUCUAUUUCAGAUCCAACCUGGGCCAGCCUUAACCUGGGUGCGCUUAUCUGCAUCGAGUGCUCAGGGAUCCAUCGAAACCUGGGGACCCACCUGUCUCGUGUCCGCUCUCUGGACCUGGACGACUGGCCUGGAGAGCUCACACAAGUCCUGGCCGCCAUCGGGAACCACAUGGCCAACAGCAUCUGGGAGCGCUGCACCCAAGGCAGAACUAAACCCACCCCCAACGCAACCCGGUGAGUAAAACACAUCUCUACAUGUAUUUCAAAAAGCAGAGCUGUCUGUAGUCCAUCCUAUAUCUCCUCACCAUCUCUCUUUUUGUGUCUGUCUCCUUAGUGAGGAGAGGGAGUCGUGGAUCCGUGCGAAGUACGAGCAGCGGGCGUUUGUGGCAGCUCUUCAGCAGACCUCAGGGUCACAGCCUGCAGGGGACAGCAUGCCGACGUGGCUCCUGUCUGCAGUGACAGAAAGAGAUCUGCCCAGACUGCUGCUGCUGCUGGCCCACAGCACUAAGGAUCAGAUCAACGCUCAGCCCACGGGGUCAAAUCCAUCCCCUCGCUCCGCCCUGCACGCUGCAUGUCAGCAGGGAGACGUAGUCAUGACCCAGCUGCUCAUCUGGGUGGGUUUCUCCUUCCUUCUCAUCCUUCUAUCCUUGUAGAUUUAAAACUAAAACAGAAAUAUUUCUUCCUCUGCAGUACGGAAUCGAUGUGAAAGCGAAGGAUGACCAAGGCCAGACCGCUUUGAGGAUCGCCAGACAAACCGGGAGCAAAGGCUGCAUCGAUAUUUUGCUCCAGCACGGCUGUCCCAGCGAGACGUCUCCACCAACUGCCACGCCCGUCCUCUCCCGCCGGUCCAGCACUGCCAGUCUGGGCCGAACCAACUCCAGGAAACGGUAGCGAAGAUGCUGCAGAGGACCGGAGAGGAUGUUCGUCAAAUAUGAAAACAUGGAUACAGCCAACGAAAAGACACCAGACACAGGACUUUAUUGUAGAAAUAUGGAUAUAAAAAAUGUUUCUGAAGACUGAACAACAUAUCAAACAACUUUAAAAGCAAUAUUCACUGAAUUUGUUGAUGACAGACAUAUUGCUGAGCUACUGUGUUGUUGUUGACCUCAUUUCAAAAUGACUCAAGUAGAACUCUGUAGCCGUCUCUGUAAUUUUAGGGCAGACACUCGACCUGCUGCAGUCUCACUUCCUCCAGAUGAAGUGCAAUAAUCCAGCUAUGACGACGAAAAGCAACAACUUUGAGUGUGAGACGUGUUGGAUAAAUAUAUGUAAUAAAUACACCAGAGGGUGCUGCUUUUAUUCAAAUUAGUUGUGACCGCACCAAAGCAGCAGCGAUUCUUUUCUCGGGCUUUACAAAUAAAACCUUCAGUAUGUCAUGUUGUUUCUUGUGUGUGCCCGUCGCAGCAGUAUCAAGGUCACUUCAGCCGAUAUAAACUGUUUUCAUUGAGGAGUCAGCGGAGAUCAUCCUGCUUAGACUAGAAAAAUGAAUGGUUUGAAACAUGAAACAUGUCAGUGUUACUCUCACAGGUCAAAGAUAUGGCAUUUUAAUAUGAUGUAAAUGUAACUAUACUACAUACUUAGUGUUCAAUUCUGUAACUACGACACAACUCAAAAAUCAAAGACUCAAUUUUUGUAAAUGAUUUCUACUGGUAGUUUUGAGAAUUUGUCAAGUUUGUUUUUUCAUCGUCUCAUAAUUUCUUAUUCUCUUUUGUCAUAAAAGCAUAAACAUGAAAACAGAUGCUUUUGCAUACGUAAACAUGUGGCUGUUAGUUAAGAGUUUUCUUUGGGAUGGCCAGACGACUGCGUAAAGAUGACGACAUUACUCAUGUUACUGUUGUGUAGGUCUUUCUCAUGAAUUUACAGUGAAAUAUGAAAUAAGAGGAGAAGGUGUCGCCGUUACCUCCGACACUUUGUGGGUCGUAUGAGUCCAUCAUGAGCUUAAAGAAAUGGUUACUGGAACAAAUAAACUUUUUUUAAUUAGCAUUAACAUGA